AUGUUUUCUACCAUUCGUUCAUUUGAUCUUUUGAGACCAGCAUUCAGACCCCAGGCGCAAUUCCCCUCGCGUCGUGAGAAGCUCUUUGAGAAGGCCACAAACACCAACUCAAGGCAGCAAACCCCACCACCAAGACAGGUGCUAUCAUCACUUGUUGAUCAGCAGGGUGCCACAUCGCCCUUGUCGACAGCAUCUUCACCAACCUCAUCAGUAUCAUCAUCAUCAUCAUCUAGAUCGAGCUGCCCAAGAUGUGGCUUCGAUAAUUCUCCCACUUCAUCAGCGGCGACCUCGCCCACCGCUUCGACCCGCGGUGACGACGACGACCCCACGUCGCUGGCCGACGCCCAACGCCAAAUUGACGAGUUGCGGCUGCAGGUGCGAACUCUCAACGAAAAAGCCACCGUGGCCGUUGAGAAGUGGGCCGGUUACGAGGAUGAGCUGGCGCGGUUGCGGCGGCAGCUCAAAAACUCAUCCACGGCCGGCAACCAAGCCGCUGCAGCCGCAGCAGCAACUGGAGGAAAUCGUAUAGGCUCCCUGUGGGGCGGCAAGACGUCCACUUUGCCGCCGCCCACCGCCCGCGACAGGUCAUCGGCCUCGUCAAAGAUGGACAAAACCACCGACGACUUGUUGAUGGUGCUGUCCAGGGAGCAGCAGCUUCGCGUGACGGGCGACCAGACCAUGGAUGAUUUGCUCGUCGCCCUGACUCGGGAGCAGCAGCUGCGGGCCGCGGCCGAGGCGCGUGAGCUGGACGCCAGCCGCGAGGUCGAGGAGCUGAGCGCGUCGCUGUUUGAGGAGGCCAACCAGAUGGUGGCCACCGAGAGGCGCGCGAGGGCCAGGCUUGAGGAGCGGGUGGACAUAUUGGAGAAGAGAGACGCCGAGAAGAAGAGGAGGCUGGAGAGGUUGGAGCUGGCCGUGGGUAGAAUAGAGAGGGUCAAGCAGUUGCUCCAGGAGUCAUAAAUGGCUUUACGAAGUGGCAAUGUCUAUCGUUCUAUUUUUCCUUUGUUUCUAUAUAAUUGAUACCACACGACGGGAAAGACGGAAAGGGCGGGUAGGGGCAUGUGAGGGAAUGGGUAAUCACUACAGACUCGGAUUUGGAUACCAGAGUACAGAUAUUGACGACAUCUAGAGCAACAGUCUAGAUAGUUGUUUGACUUGCACAUAAUGAUUUGGAUAGUGCAAAAUUAAUAUCCCUCUUAUUACUCCGCUCGCUAUGCACGUAAUACAAUGUAACAGAAAUCAGUAAAGGACCAAGUCGUGGAAACAAAUCGUGUUUCCGUGCAAGAUCCAGAUGUGGUGUCGGCGGCGGAGGCGACGUCGGUGUUGGUACCAGAAAGCCCAGCUUGUUGUGGAUACAGUAAGCACGCAACUUGCCUUGGUAGGCGGCCUCCGGGAUUUGUCCCCUAGACAGGCCAGGCUUAAGCAGUAGACGGUCCUGCGGUGGGUUCGGGUUCUACAGGAUCAAGGUUAAUCAGAAAAGCCAUUCCACUCUUCAUAGCCUCCGGUGGUCUCACCCUUGGUAUCCGUUGGCUUUGUCUCUUCCACCUCGGUACCAGAUUCCUUGGUCUGAGAUUCUUCAGCAGGAGCUGCACUUGGCUUCUCAUCUGCAGCGGUAACCGACUGAUCCUUCUCGACAGCGGUAGCCUGUGCUUCUUCGGCGUAGAUGCUCUUCAGAGGCCCAACCCCCUGUAAAUGUGUCGAUGACCAUUGAUGGAGAACUUUUUCCAACUUUGGCCCCCACACGCUCUCGCCCUUGACAAGGUCGUCGUAUUCGAGACAGUUGUCCCCAGCCAGCGCAAAGUCUCCUUGUCUGCUGCGGACGAGUUCAGCCAUCAAUGCGGCCGACCCAACCUUCUCGCCAAGCUCAUGUGCAAAACUCCUCACGUAGAAUCCCGAUGUGACCGUCAUCCUGACCUUGCACGCAGGUGGUCCCUUGCCGUCCCAUGGUGGUGGUGUGUCUGCGCUAGGAGCCGGCGGCACCAAAUCUGACCCGCGUCCCUUAGAUGGGCCUCCCGGUGGCAACUCUCCUAGUGCUCCUGACAUGAGCUGUUCGCGACCCUGCUUCCCCUGCUUACCCUGCUGUUUCUUGUUUGGCCUGCCAUUGCUCUCGUCGGCCUUGCGCUUCUGGCCCCUCUCGAAAACGAGCUUGUCCUGGCGCUCCUCGGCCUGCUCCUUGAAUGACUGGUGAGCGGCAAACGCCCGGUCCUCCUCGGCACCCUGUUCAGGCGUCAGCUUCUUGCCGGUCGCUUGCUCGUGCUCCACCCUCCACACAUUCUCAGCGAGGCUCUUCUCGGCAAUCCCGGCCUCCUCGGUCGGCCACCGGUGGUUGUGAGUGCCCGGCUCAUACCACUCCACAAGAUCCAGACCGAGAACCUCGACUUCUCGCGUUUCUAUCUCGCGCGGGAUCGGCUUGCCCUCGCGAGCAUACUCGUAAAGCGGCUUGCCGUUCAUCUUGAGCGCCGAGUACAACGGGGGCAUUUGCCUGUACUUUCCCCUGAAUGCAUCCAGCUGCUUCUCCACCUUUUCCCUCGUGAUCUCGUCGUACGACUUCUUUGUCAGUACGCGCCCGACGCGGUCAUAAGUGUCGGUUGCGGCGCCAAACACCACGACUGUCUCAUAGGUCUUGGUGCACUCGAGAA